UCCCAGGGGGCGCGGCGCGGCGCGGGGGGGCGGGGCGGACCCACGUGUGGCCGCCGGUUCGGGGCCGCCCGCGCGGGGCCAUGGCCGAGAGCGCCGCGGGGCCGCGGCCCCAUCUCGGCCUCCCCCAGGAUGCUCCGGACGAGGAGUCGGAGCAGAGCCCCCAGGCCCUGGACUCCAGCGUGACCAGCGAGGAGGAGGAGGAGGAGGAGGAGGAGGAAGGCUCCCAGUGGGCGGUGGGAGCCGCCUGCCGCGCCGUGUGGGCGGGCGACGGGCUGCUGUACCCGGCCACGGUGCGGGCGCUGGACGCCGCCGCCGGCACCUGCCUCGUGGAGUUCGACGGCUACGGGAACAAGGAGCAGCAGGCGCUGGCCGAUCUCCUGCCCCCCUGCGCCGCCAGCGACCCGGGGGAGGAGGAGGAGGGUCCCCGCGGGGAGCCCCGGAGGCCGAGACCCCCCCCGCCGUGGGAGCUGCCGCCGGGCAGGAGGAGGAAGAGCAGCACGGGCGAGCGGGCACCCUGCUCCCCCCAGCCCCAGCCGGUGCCCCCGCCGUGGUCCCCAGCGCUGCUGUGCGCGCUCCGGGAGGAGGAGGAGGAGGAGGAAGCCUUGGCUGCCAUGCUGAUGUCCUGGUACAUGAGCGGCUACCACACCGGCUUCUACAUGGGCCUCCGCAAGGGCCGGGCCGAGGCGGCCGCGCUGCUGCCGAGACGGGGCUGCAGGCAGAAGAAGCCAUCGCCGCGCAGCUAGGAGGGCAGCUGGAUCGGCGUCCCCGUGUCCCGCUGCAGGGGCAGGGCUGGGGCGAAGUACAGCGCUCCCGGCCUCGCCUUGCCGCGGGGGGGCCCAGCGGUGGGAGCCCGGGAGGAGGGGGAGCCGCUGUCCCCCCGCCACGGGCUGGCUCUGCCUCCGUGCCUGGCCUCGGAGGCGCCGCAACCCCCUGGGCUGCCCCGGCCGUGCUCCCCCCGCACAGGGAUUUGGGAAUAAAGCUGCUUUGUGGGA